CAGUGUGUAUUGAAAGUCACUUUUGUUCGGUCGUGAUUUUAUGUCGGAAGACCGUAUCAUUUAAAACGUUUGUCAAUAAGUGAAUUUGUUCUUGUUCCGAGUUGAAAUUAAUUUUAAAUUGUGUUCAAAGUUUGCGUUGUGAUCAAAAAUAGUUCAACAUGUCGGCAAGGUACUGCGUUUUCAGGAAUUGCGGAAGUGAGUACAAGAUCCUCUUCAGCUUUCCCCAAGAGGUGGUAAGGCGAAAACUGUGGGCGCAGAACGCCGCCUUUGCUGAAUGUGACAUAACAACGAAGACUUGCGUGUGCCAGAAGCACUUUUUGGCGGAGGAGAUGAAUGGCAACCGGUUGGUGCGAGAUGCGGUUCCAGCCACAGCCACAGCUAGAUUAGAGCAAGAGAAAGCCAGGCUCAAAACGAAGCUGAAAAAGGCCGAAAAAGAGGCCGCAGAAGCUAAGGCAAAGAUUGUGGCGGCGCAGAUUGCGUUGAGAAAUGCCUUCAAAUGAAGGUUCGGCUCCAUCGCUGAUCGCGAUGGGUGCCAAAAAAUCGGAUGGAACCAAAGUACAGUCAUCGCUUUCCACAACAGCGCAACGAUUCGAGACGAUGUUCUAGCGAAACGAAUUCCCGUGUGCUCCAUCUGCAAUCCAGUCACCAGCAACGAAUCAUCCACCGGAAAUCAAUCGACGCCAAUUUUGCACUGUACGUCCAUGACCGAAGGCUAUAAAGAUCUGUACGAAAUGGGCAUCCUUAAGCCAGACAUCGUUUUCUUUGGUGAAAGUCUUCCGGAAAUGUUCCAUCCGGCGAUAAAUGCCGAUCGUCAACAGUGUGACUGUCUGUUAGUAAUUGGUUCUUCGUUGAAAGUUCGACCGGUUUCGCUGAUACCAGAAUUUCUGAACGGAACCGUUCCACAGAUUCUCAAUCGGGAACGAGUUGGGAACUACGUAUUCGACGUUGAACUGUUGGGUGACGCCGACGUAAUUGUUAAUCAAAUUUGUCGCAUGAUUGGUGGCGAUUGGACGGAAAUAUUCGAACAGCAAAUCAAUGGUAAUCGCGUUGAAUAUUCGUGCAACGAUCAGGACGAUGGUUUAGUGCUGUCCGCAAUGCUGACUGCUUUAGUUGAACUGGGUUCGAAGGUGUUCUGCAUUCCACCCGAUCUCAUGGAAGACGAUGAUGGAGAGUCAAAACAAAAUGAGGGAAAACGUGGAGAAGGAUUCGGUUUGGAUGACGGAACAGGUGAAAACGAUGUGUCCGACAAAAUUGAAUCAGAGGAUCAGCUGGAUACUGACAAGAAAUCCGGUGAUGAGAAACAGUCCAAAGAUGAAGAAGAUGCCGAUUGCAAAGAGGAACGUGGUAUUGAUAUGAGCGACUCAAAGUUGCAGGACGUGGACAAGAAAGGCGAUGACCUGAGCCGAAUAAACUAUCGCUGGAUUGAGUGGUGUCACAAAAAACGUGUUUCGGGAGUGAAUCCACGAGCGAUUCUACGAAAAAUCUUUCGCAACGGUGAAUUUCCUGUGCCACAGGGCGUGAGCGAUCGUGAAUUGUGGGCCCGUAUUAGUACUUUUGUGACGCAACCAGCAGUUCGUACACGUUUGCCCGACAUCAAUUCAAUCGAACACGUCAUCCAUCUACUGUCGACUUGCAAAAACAUCAUCGUUCUGACCGGAGCUGGUGUGUCUGUAUCGUGUGGCAUUCCCGAUUUUCGUUCGCGAUCUGGCAUCUAUUCACGACUGCGUAGUGAAAUGCCAGAAAUUGACGAUCCGCACGAGAUUUUCGACAUUCGAUUCUUCAGCAAAGAUCCGAGACCAUUUUUCAAAUUCGCCAAGGAACUGAGAGAUUCUGUUCGGCUAAUUUAGCAUUUAAGUCUAGCUUUUUCCUACUGUAUGCUUACCAGUUCCAUAAGAAAUGUUUUUAACACGAAACGACGGCUGAUACAAUCACAUUACGGAGAACCAUUUUACGAUUCGGAAUUAAGUCUUUGUUUGGGGGUGAAAUAAUCGAAGAAAUUUUACCUCGCGUUUUUUGAACUUUUUAACUCGUUUUUGUCAACACCGCAAUCGCUUUAGAAGAACCCUUGACCCAUUAUAUUCGUAAAUGACGAUGUUUGUCUUUUGUGUUCGAAUGAAAUCUCUGCCAACAGACAAAAUAUCAAUUUGAAGAAUAAAAUUUUGAGAGACAUUUAA